UGACCAAGUCACGUGUCGGCUUCGCGGAAGUGGACCGAGCGUCUUCAAAGUCAUCUCAUGCCAUCAUCCAUGUACCUAACCUAUAGGUACCUUCAUUAAUUCUGGCACCCUGUAUAUCACAGUAUAAUCAACAAUCUUGUUACUUCCUCUUCUUUACUCCUCCUCCUCGUCGCCGACCACCAUACCCUCCGAGAGGCGUUCAAACUUCCAACUACUCUCUCUUCACCAUGGGUUGGUUCGGCCUCACCGCCGACAAGAAGAACCCCGCCGAUCCCGAACCUUCCAGCGAUGGCGGCUACGUCGCGCCCGACCGCUCCACGAGAGCAGUAUGCUACGAAAUGCGCGAUCAGUUCUUCCAAUGCCUCGACCGCCACGACAUCCUCGACAGCGUAAAAGAGGACGAGAAGGCGAAGAAGGUGUGCGGGCCGGAGCUGGCAGGGUUUGAAAAGAGCUGUGCGUCGAGUUGGGUGACAUAUUUCAAGAAAAGAAGAGUCUUUGAAUAUCAGAAGGAAGAGACGAUCAGGCGGCUGGAAGGCGAGGGUGCGGUGGGCAGGCCACCUCCCACCGCCGGCGGGAUUGCCACGACAGCUUUGAGAGGGAAAUGAAGAGUUGGAGCUGGGCAAAGGCCUGCGCACACCACGUCCAUCUCCACUCACAACGGAACGACGGGAGGAGGGUCGGUCUUCGGACGCAAUUG